ACACCCUACACACGUGGGCACACAAGGGUGUGCCCACAGUUAAAUGUUAUGCACUUAUUCUGAUAAGUAUGUACAUAUGUACAUCAAUUGCAACCUUGCGUACAUUUAUUAGAUGCUUACAUACAUACAUACAUGUUAAAUAUUAUGUCAAUAUGAAACCACUUAUGUACAUAUGUAUGAGUAUACUCCGAAUCCGAAUAAUACUUGUAACUUAUUCAAUGUGGUAGACUUACACAUCUAUUGAAUCAUCUGUACAUAUCUGGAGAAGAGCGGAUGGCAAUUUAUAUGCCUUACAAAUAGCAUUGUACUGUAUACUGUACUUCCAUGCUGAAAUGAAGUUGAUGAUAACAAAGACAAUCUCACACUGUACUUUGCAUAUGAUAUGACUCAUCUUUUAACUAAACGUUCGCAAUACAAUAUCCAUAACCAGAGAAGCUUAACGUAUUUGUUUGCAUACACGAAAAGAGAAAUACUGCACGGUACAAAAAUUUCUGCAUCGUAUAUUAAAAUGAAAUCAUCCACUGAAAUUAAACAAUUUCUAGACCUUAAAAAUGAGUGCAAGUUUGAAUUCAUAUUCAUCCACCAACGCGCAGGAUGUACAACUCGGCAGACAUUUAAUUUAAGCAAGGAAAUUUUGAAGGAAGUUUUGUCACAUUUGCCACCUAAUAGCACUUUCAACAUAAUCGGAUAUGGGUCAACUUUUGAGAAGUUGUUCGAAUCCAGCGUUCCCAAAAAUGAAGAGAAUUUAGAGAAAGCGAAGCAGCACAUUGAAAGCAUGCAGUUGAACUUGGGAGGUCUUAACUUGUUUAAUCCGUUAAAUGCGAUUAAAAAAACACCCACACAAUCCGGCGUUCUUACGCAAGUGUUUAAUCUGGGGCAUGCAGAGCCUCAAAGUUUGGAUGGUGUUAUGAACAUGAUAAUGCGGCCGAAUACGAGAUGGACAUUUGUCUCGCUGGCAAUCGACCCCGGAGACGGUCUUUCAGAUAGUUGGGACUCUUGGGCGGCUAAUAAAAAUGCGUUGUCAGAAAUACUGGGAGAAAUUAAUCAUUAUAAAUUAGCUGAAGUUAAUUUUAACUGAUCAAUUAAGUAGAUAAUGUUUGUAAAUACUAUUUGCAAUAAUAUGGGAAUAUUCAUUGAAAUCCGACAA